AUGGAACAAAAGGCGCGAAGACGUAGUUAUUACUAUCCUAUUUUACAAACAUUAUCACACUCUAGUUCACUGAAUACUAGUCUGACAUGUAUCAAUGAACUACAGCAUACCGGUGUAGAUACAGAAAGUUUUUUAGUGAAUUUUUUGCAUAAACAACGUAAACGUCGUCAUUAUAACAGUGAAAGUGGUUUAUUACUCCCUGAAACAGACAAUUUGUCAACACCGCUUCAAGCGGAUAGUCGAGAAGGUGAUGCACAAUGUGAAAACAACGAUGGAAACAAUCCUGAGCAUGACACUAAUGUUAAUCUAUGUGAUGAUAGCGUAUUAUCAGUGGAUUCAAAGGAGACAGAAACGUCAACACUGCCUUCAGAGGUUCAUAUGAAUGUAACUGAAAGCGAAAAUGAUGCCAGCAGUGAAUCAGCGAUUGAAAAUUCUAAAUCAGACGAAAAUUUCGCCUCUUCUUCUUCUCCUUCUCUUUCUUCCUCACCUGUUGAUAAUGACAUGGAAAAUGCGUCGAAAGUGAAUAUAAGUAAAACUGAUGCACAAUAUGCACAUGAAACUGUUAACAAUAACACGACAACUACGGUGAAUACAAUCCCUCCUAAUGAUCAAUCCAAUGUGAUUACAGCAUCGAAUAUUAUGAAAUCGAAUGAUGCAAUAGAUGAUCAAGAUGCAAGUUGUGAUCAAACGCAAAAAACAACCGCUUCCAAGAUAUCAUUAUCGAAAGAAAAUUUAAAAUUGCAUAAGUCAGUAUCAUUUGCUGAUGAAGUUGGCAAAUCGUUGACUGAAAUCUUUAUUCUGUACGACGAAGACGAUGAAGAAAACGAUCAUUCACAUGAAUAUGAAGAACUAUACGGAGUCUCAUAUUAUGGAUCGUCUAAACAUGAAAAAUCAUCACAUUCACCAUAUAGACGUUCAAAAUUUGAAAUAUUCUGUGAAGAUGCCUAUCUCGAUUUCACUCACAAUAAAAAGAAUCAUCAUCAUACUAAUGAAAAUAAUAAUGACGUCAAUGGGACAUAUAAACACUUGAGUAAUACUAACACAGAACCACACUAUACAUGGAGUCUUACCUUUUCCCAGCCAGCAUCACAUUAUUAUGAAUUUAGACAAAAAUUAGAAAGAAGUUCAAUUUCAUUGGAGAGUAUCAGUGUAAUCCAGUCGACAGAUCAACCAAAGACAAGUUUUAUUAAACUCUCAGGUACUAUAAAAGUGAAAAAUAUUGCCUUUGAAAAAUCUGUUUUCUUAAGAUUAACUAAAAAUAAUUGGAAAACAUUUACUGACUAUCAAGCAGUGUAUAGUGCUCAACUAUCCUCAGGUACUUGGUCAGGACAACGACGAUAUGAUACCUUCGUGUUUAAUAUUAUUAUUCAAUCAGAUCAUGAAUAUUUUCAUCCAGAUGAGAAAAUUGAAUUCGCUAUUUGUUUUACUACUGUAAAUAAUAAUAAUAAUAAUGAAGAGAAAACAGAAUAUUGGGAUAAUUAUGACGGGAAAAAUUAUGUAAUUGAACAGAGAAAAUUUCAUCCCUUAUGGAUUGGUACCGGAUCCUUAACACAUCAUUCGACUGAAAUAUCCUCGCCAUCAUCUGAUGCGUCUAUAUCACCAGUCAGUGAAACUCCACCGAAUAAUAAUAAGUCAAUCAGUACUGCAUUGGACAGACAACAUAGUAGUAUUACGUCAGCUAUUACUAAAACUACUCCUACUCCUACUCUUUCUCCUAGUACUUCCACUACUCAUACUACUACUACAGGCUUUAAUACUUCUUCAUAUACACUUGACUGUCGCCCAAAUUUUGAUAGUUUCACCUCAUUCACUGAUUAUCGUGCAUGGAGUCAUUAUUCUGGAGAAACAAGUUAUUAUUGAUAUAUAUUUUUCUUUUCUCAUUGUUUUUUCUAUCAAAAUAAUACAUUCACUGUGUACAUAUAUACAACAACUGAUGUACUUGAUAAAUUAUCAGGAAGAUUUAUUUGGGCGUAAGAAUACCGCGCAAUUUGUUGUACGUUUUGUCAAACUAUAUGUCAUCCAUCAUCCUUAGACAUAAUGAUAAUAAUAAUUCAAAUGGCCUUAUAGUUAUAUUUUGAAGAGAAAUACUACUAAUCACAAUAUAAGUAAUAAGGUGUAGAGGUUAAAUUAACCAUUAAGAAUGUUGAUAUAUAUAUACAUAUACAUAUACUUGGUUGUCAAGAUGGGUUACUAAUGGAUAUUUGUACAUAGUUUAUCUGCCAUCCAACCUUGUUUCAUUUUGAGAACCAAACAUACUCUUUUUAAGUUCUUAAUAGUUGUUGAGUCAACUUCGUAUACUUAUUACUUAUAUACUGUGAUUAGUAAUAUAUAUACUUUCUGAAGAAUGAUUGAUUAUAAAGCAUGCUAUUCUUAUCACUUUGACAGUUUGUGGAAGGGAUAUUUUCCUGUGUUUCCUGGUUGUCUAUCUUUCUUUCAUAACAGUAUUACAGAUAUGUACUUUCUAAUCGACUUGCCAUCGACUAACUGUAUUGCUCAUCAAUUCUAGUGUGAAAAUAUUGUCAUCGGUAAUAAAUAAUUCCUGUACAACAAUAAACAUCAUAAUGAUAAUAAUAACAAUGAACAGCACAAAUAGAAUAUCUUAUUUUUCAAAUUUCUUAGUAUAUUUGAUGAUGAAAUAAUGGCCUUUUAUUGUUUUGUUUUUUUUCGUCAUUUUUUUGAGUUUUGUAAUUUAUUUCACAACUUCAAUCGCCGUCAAUGAAUUUUAAUUAUAUCUAAUUAAUGAACUAAUGAAUUUUAAUAAAUUUUUAACAAUUUUGGUUUCCCCUGUCCAUUUGUUUUUAGUUUUCCUACUUCUCUCUUAUUUAUUUUAUUUAUUUAUUUAUAUGCUCACUAGAUUUAUAUUUUCAAUUAAUUUUGAACUCAUCUGAAGUCAUCCUGUUAUUGUGUUUUUUUUGCAUUUCGUUGACUGUUUUUUGUCACUUCUUCGACUUCUUCUUCGACAUCUUCUACUUCCUGCUCUCUUUGUCUUCAUCUUCUUCAUAAUUGAAACGCACAAAUCUUUUUUUCUCUUUGUUUUUGUUAUAGUAAGAAAAAGAAAAAGAAAUUUUUAGUUACUCAUGGA